AUGAGCGACACGUCUUUAGUCAUUCGAAUAGAAAAAGAAGUUAACGGCAAAGAUAUAAUAGAAAUAUCUCCAAAUGCAAAAUGUAUUGCUAGUUAUAAUGAAGUAGAAAAGAAAAUUGUCGUAUGGAAUACAAAAGAAGGAAAAUUAAAACCAGAUGAUACGGUUAAUCAAUUUGAUACCAAGAAGAGUAUUUCACAAAUGUGUGUCUCUGACGAAAAAGUAGUAGCGUUUAAUUAUGCCGAACGUACUGCUGAUAAAGAUAAUGUACACCAAGAUUUGAAAAUAAUUGAUUUGAAUAAUCCGGAUCAAGAAAUAGAAUUACGUUUCAAACGUAUUAUAUUAAGUUAUUCUUGUAACUUUAAUUCAAAAGGGGAGUUCAUCUUUUAUACUACUUGUGAACAUCAUGUUGUUAUUUGGGUUUAUUCAACACAAUCUAAAGGUAACAAAUGGAUGUGUUUAAAAAUUUAUAAGUUACCUAAAGGUACGGAGUUUAUCAGUAUAUCAAGAAAUGACAAAAUUUUGCUACGUAUGGAGAAUUACAUAAAUGAAUUUAAUAUUGAAACUGGUAAUACUAAAAUUAUUUCCAAUAACAUACUCGGGGCUGAAACGAAAGAUAUUAGAAUUUCUAGCAAUGAUAAGUUUACUUUUCUGAAAAUAAAUGAUGAAAUUAUUGUUUAUUCGGAUAAACUGGAAAUUCCUAUUGCGUUAUUGGAUUCAAAUGAUGGUCUGCGACUUUAUAAAUUUAUGAAACAACAUACUGACUUACGCUCUUUGUUACUCUCUUUAUUUGAUUAUAAGUCGAAUAAUAAAACUUGGAUUUCUUGCUUAAAUCAAAUAACGAAAGAUUCGUUAUUAAGGAAUAAUCAACCUUGGAAUUCUUUCUUAGAUCAAUUAACGAAGGAUCAUUCGCUAGUAAAGAAUAAUUUACCAAUUAUAUUUUUACAAAACCAUCUAUAUGUUUUCGUGAAUGGUUCCGUUUUUAAAAUUAAAUUUGAGUUAGAUAUCAUUCCUUUAUCAGAGGAAUUAAAUAUUAAUGAUGAUGCAGAAAAUUGGAUGGCAUAUUUUGGUAGCGAAAAUGUUGAUGAAAAAAAAACCAACAAUCCUUAUGAAUAUGAAGAUCCAUUUAUACCAAAUAUGAUUAUUGAUACAUCUAAACUUGAAUCGCCUCAGAAAGAAUCCAACUUGCAGAAUAUUAAUGUAAAGAUUUAUACGGAAGUUGAAAUAAUUGGAUUACGUGUAUAUAGAAAAGUUAAUAAGCCUGAGUUGAAAUUCAUUGAUGAAUCCUUUCAUAAAACCAAAUAUGAAAAAGGAAUUGAAAUAUAUGAAGUCGGGGUAUUUGAAAAUAACGAUAUCGCCAUACUAACUAAUAUUGGCAUUUUUAUUUUCCAUUUAAGUGAAAAUGAUAAGAUUUUAUUAAAAUAUUUUCAUUAUAUACAUCGACCGGAGCAAAAUAUAAAAAGUAUCGGCAAAUUGCUCAGAUUAACAAAAAAUUCCAUGUUUUCGUUCGAUUAUAAGGAACUAAUUAAGGAAUGGGUUUCAUAUGUAAACAAUGAUAAAAAUCAAUUUUUAAAAAAUGGUCCUGGAUUAUUAAUUUUUGCGAUUAAGAUGCAUGACUUAAAAUUAAUUUCUGACAUUUAUAAAAAAUGUUUAAAUUAUUUUAAACAAGAUUUAGAAAACAAUAAGAUGUUCCUGAGUAUUAUUACUACAUCAAUGCCAUUAUUGGAAAAAUAUUAUCCUGAAUAUCUUACAAGAUAUUCGUUGGAUACAAACAUGAUAAUAGACUCUUUGGAUUAUAAAAUAGAACAUAUAGAGUAUUCAUCUCUUCAUCCUUUUACUAAAAAUAUUAAAGUUGUAAAUUUAACGCGGUCUAUCUGGUGGUCGAUUUAUGCUAAAAGAUGGGAAGAGGAUCAAGAUAUGGCGAUAAAUAUUAUUGUAUUAUUUCAAUUAAUAAUCGGAAUAUUAAUGUUUCCUAUUUAUGCGUCAAUAUGUCUUAUUUUAGAUUAUUUUCAUAUAAUUAAUGAUAUUUAUUAUGAUGGCGUUACUAUUUAUUAUUAUUUUUUUUGUAUCUUACUUGAAUUUAUCAAAUCCGAAAUUCAUAAAGAAUCAAAACCUACGAUUACAUUUAUCAUUCCUUAUAUUAAAUUUGUUAGUUAUCCACAAGCUUAUAGUUGGUGGAAGGAAUUAAUUAAACCUCAACCUAGUCCAUUUGUUGAGACAAUAUCUAGAGAUAUAUAUAAAAAAUUGAAUGGCGAAGCUUUAAUUGAUUUCAAGUGGAAUUCAUAUGGAAAAUAUUAUUAUGCAAUUAUAUGGAUGGGAUUUAUUGCUUUACUUGGAUGCUUUACGGUUGCUGCAACAUUUUCUAAUAAUAUUAUAUCUAAUAAUAUUAGAGAACAACUAUUAAUUGCCUCAAUUAUACUUGGAUUAAUUCACUUAACAUUUGAAAUUCGUCAAUUAAUUUAUAAUACAUUCAAAUGGAUUCAUGAUAUUUGGAACUUUUUUGGUAUGUUAAAUAAUAUUACAAUUAAAGUGCUUCAAGGAUACGGUGUAUCAAUUAACUCUUAUUUAUUUUUUAUAGAUAUAGCAGCAUAUCUUCUUACAAUAUGUGCCUCUAUAUAUUGGUAUCAAACAAAUGAUAGAAACGUUCAAUUGCUUUCUAUCACGUGUCUAUUUUUGGAUAUUAAAUUUUUAUUAUUUUUUAGAGUAUUCGAAUCCUUUGGUGUCUAUUUUGCGAUCAUUAUUAGUGUUGCAAAACGAAUUAUCUCUUUCUUGGUGGUCUUGGGAAUCAUUUUAAUUAGUUUUGCACAUGCAUUUUACAUCUUAUUAUCUUUAGAGGAUCCUUGGAAUAUUACAACCACUUUUACUACUUAUGAUCAAAAAGGAUCAACUGAUCCUAAUCCAUUUAUAAUUCAAACCCCUGAUGAAAAUACAAAUAUGUUCAGUUAUUAUGGUACCGCACUCUUUGCAAUUUAUUUAUUUUUAACAGGUGAUUCAAGUGCUUUCACCCCAUGGCCAUAUAAAAAUAAUUCAAUGCUUGUCGUAUUGAUGGUUUUAUUCUCUUUCGUGGUUGUGGUAUAUCUCAUGAAUUUAUUUAUCGGGUUACUUAAUAUUGAGAUUGAAAAAGAUAACAACAGAGUCUCGUAUUUGAUACAAAAAGCGAAGAUUUUAGCAGAAAUUGAGUUAAUUUACCUACUUCCACAUCAAAGACGUUGGAAAUCAUGGUUUCCGGAAGUAAUUCAUUACAAUGCUGAUGUCGAUGAAGUGCGUAGAAGGGUUAACGAAUUAAUUAAGAAUAAUGAAUGGGGAUCUGAUGAAUUUCCAGAGAUGAAUAAAAAACUAUUAAAAACUUUAGAUAUUCGCAAAUAG